ACCAGGGCAGAAUGACUGAGUCGUCUAGCACUGUGUCCUGUUCGGUGUUGGGAGAGGAAACGGACCCGGUGGCUAGUCCUGGGUCCGAAGCGGUUUCUGAUGUCCUAAGCCCUCUUACCGAGGCACUGUUCCAGAGGCACUUUGGGGGCGCCGAGCAGGGUCUAGAUCCCUUACCCGAUCAGCUGCUGCGGGGCUUUCGGGACAAGCUGUUGCGGACCUGCUCCAAGAGGGAGGCGUGGAGGCUGCUCCGGGCCCGAUUUCCUCCCCUGACCUGGCUGCCCUGGUACCCCUGGAGGACCUGGUUGCUCGGAGACGCUGUAGCUGGAGUCACCGUGGGCGUAGUGCAUGUGCCGCAGGGCAUGGCCUUUGCCCUCCUAACCUCAGUGCCCCCCGUGUUUGGACUUUAUACCUCCUUUUUUCCUGUUCUCAUCUACACCUUUCUGGGUACAGGAAGACACCUGUCCACUGGAACCUUUGCAGUACUCAGCCUUAUGACCGGUUCAGCGAUAGAGAGCCUGGUCCCGGAGCCCCCCGGGGUCAACCUGAGCUCUACUGACAAAAUGCAGCUGGACCUGCAGAGGGUUGGGGCGGCGUCUGCAGUCGCCUUCUGGAGCGGGGCGCUAAUGCUAGGGAUGUUCGCGUUGCAGCUCGGCUUCCUGUCCACUUUCCUGUCGGAGCCCGUGGUCAAGGCUCUCACCAGUGGGGCCGCGGUGCACGUGCUUGUGUCCCAGCUGCAGAGUCUCCUGGGACUGCCCUUCCCCCGACAGAUCGGCUACUUUGCCGUAUUCAAGACGCUGGCCGCGGUGCUUGCCGCGCUGCCCCAGAGCAGUCCCGCUGAAUUGACCAUCUCAGCCCUUAGCCUGGCGCUUCUGGUACCAGUCAAAGAGCUAAACGUGAGAUUCCGAGAAAGGCUACCUACCCCGAUCCCAGGAGAGGUGUUUAUGGUGCUUUUGGCCUCUCUUCUCUGUUUUACCUCUUCUCUGGACACGAGAUACAAUGUACAAAUCGUUGGGUCACUGCCAGUUGGGUUCUCCCAACCCUUGAUACCAUCUCUAUCUACACUGCCCCUGGUUCUAGCCUACUCCCUUCCAAUUGCACUGGUUACUUUUGCUGUAUCGGUGUCUCUGGCUUCAAUCUAUGCAGACAAGCACAGCUAUACCAUCAACCCCAACCAGGAGCUCCUGGCUCAUGGUGUCUCCAACCUAGUCUCCUCACUCUUCUCCUGCUUCCCCAACUCAGCCUCAUUAGCUACAACCAGUUUGCUAGUGGAUGCAGGGGGACACACACAGCUUGCAGGCCUUUUCUCCUGUGCAGUUGUCCUCUCAGUGCUGCUAUGGCUGGGACCUCUUUUCUACUAUUUGCCCAAGGCUGUCCUUGCCUGCAUCAACAUUUCCAGUAUGCGCCAGAUAUUCUUCCAGAUGCAGGAGCUGCCCCAUCUGUGGCAUAUCAGCAAGAUGGAUUUUGCUGUGUGGCUGGUCACAUGGGUAGCUGUAGUGACCUUGAGUGUGGACUUGGGCCUGGCCAUAGGUGUAAUCUUCUCCAUGAUGACUGUAGUCUGCCGUACACAGAGGAUACAAUGUCUGGUGCUUGGACAAGUAAAAGGAAGAGAACUAUUCUGUCCAGUCAGAGACAGUUCUAAGCUCUGUCAGGUUCCUGGACUACGAAUCUUCAGAUAUCCUGCCCCACUCUAUUUUGGAACCAGAGGCAGGUUUCGUCAAACUAUGGGGCAGCUGCUGGGACUGGAGAGGCAAAAUGAGGAACUUGCAAAGUCACAUGGGUCACCUGAGACAGAAGCAGACCUUGUUCAAGUUGUCAUCCUAGACUGUAGUGGUAUCAUCUUUGUGGAUAUGGCUGGAGCCCGGGAGUUGUUGCAGCUGGCCAGUCAGUGCAGUGCAGCCAGGAUUCACCUCCUCUUGGCCCAGUGUAAUGCCCCUGUGCUGGGGACACUAACCAGGGCUGGGCUCCUGGACAUACUGACCCCAGAGCAACUUUUUGUGAGCGUACAAGAUGCAGCUGCCCAUGCACUGGAGAGUCUGGUGAAGGAACCUCUGGCCUCAAAGACUUGCAUGGUCUGGGUUUGAGCCCAACAGCUCUGCUUAUUGGGAAUCCCAGGAACACUGGAUGGAUGUAGUAGAGGAAAGAUUAUGGCCAUCUAGGGAAAACCUAGGGUGGGCCUCCCUCUUUAUUUAUGUUAUCAAUAAAAUGAAACUAGCUUUUCUGU